ACAAGAGCUCCGCUCCACCGCAAUCUUUCUAUCGUUUGCGAGUCUUUCGUCAGGUGUCUCAAGGCCCUGUAGCUUCUUCGCUGUUUCCUCCAGCUUAAAAAAUCGUGUCGAAAGUUGGAGGUCACCAUGGGUCUCGUCUAUCCAGCUGGUGCUGCUACCGUGUCACUCCUGGUGAUCGGGGGAUAUAUGCUUUUUCACGGAGAUGGCGAACAAUUUAAUGUUGGUCAAUUUCUCGAAUCGGUAUCUCCAUAUGCUUGGGCAAACAUUGGUAUCGCGAUGUGCAUAGGUUUAUCAGUUGUUGGAGCAGCAUGGGGUAUCUUCCUUACAGGUUCAUCGAUUGUCGGCGGAGGUGUCAAGGCACCAAGAAUUCGGACGAAGAACUUGAUCUCCAUUAUCUUCUGCGAAGUAGUAGCUAUCUAUGGUGUCAUCAUGGCAAUCGUUUUCUCUUCGAAGCUCAACCUCGUCGGCGAUGACGAAAUCUUCUCCGGCAGCAACCAAUAUACUGGAUACGCACUCUUUUGGGGUGGCAUCACUGUGGGCAUGUGCAAUUUGAUCUGUGGUAUCUCUGUCGGUAUCAAUGGAAGCAGUGCAGCUCUAGCAGAUGCUGCUGAUGGAAGCCUAUUUGUGAAGAUCCUUGUUAUCGAGAUCUUCAGCUCCGUCCUUGGCUUAUUCGGCCUUAUUAUCGGGCUUCUGGUGACACAGAAGGCUAACGAAUUCAAAAUGACAGACAUCAAACUCAAGGCAGCGAUAUUGAUCGUAUCGGACACUGCCUCUAAAGAUCCUUCCACGGACAGAGUUGCUGACACUCUUACGUCUUUCUUCUCCACGGAGGGGUCAAAUACUUGGGAUCGACCGGCCACUAAGAUCGUACCUGAUAAUGUACUCGAUAUCCAACGAGCCAUUUGUGACUGGACAGAUGGCCCAAAUUGGGUAAAUCUCAUCCUUUUGAGUGGCGGUACGGGCUUUGCGGUUAAGGAUAACACUCCUGAGGCUGUCUCGCCUCUGAUUCAUCGCCAUGCACCUGGCCUAGUUCACGGCAUGAUUGCCGCUUCUCUGCAAGUUACACCUUUUGCAAUGAUGUCUCGGCCUGUCGCGGGUGUUAGGGACAAAACAUUGGUUAUUACCUUGCCUGGGUCGCCAAAAGGGGCUAAAGAGAACCUCGACGCGGUCUUCAAGCUUCUGCCACAUGCAUGCACUCAAGCGGCUGGUGCUAACUCUCGAGCCAUCCAUGCCGGCGGUGUCAAGAAACUAGAAGCUGAAGCAGGGUUAUCCUCGGGAAGCAGAGUGGAGCCGAAUCGCGACCAUCACCAUCAUCACCAACAUCAUCAUUCUCAUCCUCAUGGUCACGGACAUGGCCAUGUUGCCCCCAAGGCGCAUACGUCACCAUCUGAGAGACCACAAUCAAAUGAUCCCAGUGCAGGCCCGAAUCGACGAUAUCGCGAAUCCCCGUACCCAAUGCUAUCAGUGGACGAAGCACUUGGAGUGAUUAGCCAACAAACCCCUGAUCCAGUGAUGAUUGAAGUUCCUGUAACCACUGCCUUAGUCGGAUCUGUCAUUGCCGAGGAUGUCUAUGCUGCAGAAGCUGUUCCAGCGUACCGAGCUAGCACAGUAGAUGGGUACGCCGUGAUUGCACCUGAAGCAGCAGAUGUUGGACCAAGCACAAAGGGGGUAUUCCCCGUGGCGUCUAUUUCUUACGCCAACCCAGGAGGGUCAUUGUCCCCCUUGGAGCCCGGAACUAUCGCCAGAAUAACCACAGGGGCUCCUCUUCCACCAAAUUCCAACGCUGUAGUAAUGGUUGAGGAUACAGUGCUCGCUUCUUCGACCCCUGAUGGGAAAGAGGAAGCAACAGUAGAGAUAUUGACUGGUGAUAUUAAGCCCAACGAGAAUGUCCGUGAGCCCGGCAGUGAUAUUGCGCUGAGAUCGAAAAUCCUCCACAAAGGAGACCUCAUUACGCCAGUCGGAGGCGAGAUCGGCCUUCUAGCAGCAUCUGGAACAAAAACAGUUAAAGUCUUUAAGAAGCCAUGUGUGGGUGUUUUAAGUACUGGAGAUGAGCUCGUUGAGCACGACGAUCCGAGAAAGCUCCAUGGAGGGCAAAUUCGAGACUCUAACCGUCCAUCUCUUCUCUCGUGCCUUGCCUCUUGGGGCUUCCCCACUGUCGAUCUAGGAAUUGCUCGUGAUACACCAGCAGGUGAGCUGGAACGGAGCCUUCGGGAUGCUCUUCGCGGAGUGGGCAGGGCAAGUUCUAGUGUAGAUGUGAUCAUCACCACUGGCGGCGUAUCCAUGGGUGAGCUCGACCUGCUUAAACCCACUAUCGAACGUACACUAGGCGGGACCAUCCAUUUCGGCCGCGUGUCCAUGAAACCAGGCAAGCCGACCACAUUCGCCACGGUCCCGUUCAAACCAACGUCAACUCAACAAGCCCAGCAAGAGCGGGAGACUAAGCUUAUUUUCUCAUUACCUGGAAACCCUGCCUCGGCCCUCGUGACACUAAAUCUAUUCGUACUCCCCUCUCUUUACAAGCUAAUGGGCAUGGGCGAAAAACAAACUGCGCCCGGCUUAUCUUCAACACUUGGAUUACCACUCGUUUCAGUCAGCUUGACACAUGCGUUCCCGUUGGAUCCCAAGCGUACUGAGUACCAUCGGGCUAUUGUGACGGCGUCUCUUUCUGACGGCCGAUUGUACGCCUCUAGCACAGGUUUAGGAGGGGUUGGGCAGCGGAGCUCUAGAGUAGGAAGUCUAGCGAGCGCAAACGCGCUCUUAGUGCUCCGACCAGGAAGUGGACAGAUUGAAAAGGGUGUCUUGGUAGAGGCAUUGAUGCUGGGACCGGUCGUAACAGCGCAAUAA